AGUCCAAUAAUCGAAAGAAAAAGACAAUUUCCUUUAUUUGUUUUUAUAUUCCAUUAGAAUCAACAAAAACAUUUUUAAUGUUUUUGGUUCAACUUAUUUUUAUAAAUUUAUACUUUUAAUGGAACCUGAAGAUUACAACCUUCACAAAGCUGUGUUUGAGGAUGACCCAAAGUGGUUACAGGAGCUCCUUGACUCUGGCAACCACGAUGUAAACAAAAAAGAUAUGCAUGGAAACACGCCAUUGCAUUUAGCUGCCAUGAUUGGAUCAGUAGAAUGUGUUGACAUAUUGACAAAGAGUGAAGCAGACGCAAAUAUAAAAAAUACAAAAGGAUGGACACCAUUAGCAGAGACUGUCAGUUAUGGAAAUAGAAAUUCAAUUAAAUCGGUAUUAAAAAGAAUUAAACUUCAGAAUCGAAGUUCAUUAGAUGAAAGAAGACCACAGCUUGUUCAAACGCUGAAAGAUUUGCAAGACUUUCGAUUAGAAUUAAAAUGGGAAUUCCACAGUUGGGUACCGUUAAUAUCUCGUCUACUUCCAUCUGAUACAUGCAAAAUUUCGAAAAAAGGUGCCAACAUAAGAAUGGAUACAACACUUAUAGAAUUUACAGAUAUGAAAUGGCAGCGUGGUGAUAUAUCAUUUUUAUUUAAUGGCGCCAAAGAAGGCUCAGAUUCUUUGGUUGUGUUAGAUAAUGAAAAGAACGUCUACCAAAAGCUAAGAAAAAAUGAUAUUGAACAUGAUUUAGAAGAAGAAGUAGACUACCUUAUGUGCAGUGAUAUAGUUGCUGCGCAGAUGUCGACGAAACCUAUCACUUUUGCUCCGGCUCAAAGUGGGUGGAUAUUUCGAGAAUACAAAACUGAGGUUAUUGGUAAAGUUUCUUGUGAGGUGUACCACGUGCAUGGAAUGACACUGAUCUCACGAAAAAGACGAGAACAUUUAUCAGAAGAAGACCUGAAGAAAAAUAAGGAACUUGUCGAAGCUUUUCAUAGGGGUGAUUCAAUGUUAAUGGAAAAUGAGAAAUGUCAACCUCUUCCCCGAAAAGAAUCGCUACCGCCGCCUCCUCCAUGUCCAUUUGAUUGGAGACAGUACUCCUCUCUUGAUAGUCCGCCUUUUAUUGGACGAAAUAUGAAACUCACUGAACAGAAAAAAAGUCUGAAAGCCAAUGUAUGGAUGAGUCAAGACUUUCCAUUAUCUGUCGAACUACUUCUUAGUGUGUUAAACGUGGUCGCACCUUCUAAACAUUUUGAAAAAAUGAAGCAAUUUGUCUCCAUGAAGCUCCCGCCUGGUUUUCCAGCGAAAUUAGAAAUCCCUGUUUUACCGACUAUAGUGGCACGAAUCACAUUUCAAGAUUUUGUUUGGAAAGAUGAUUUAGCCGACAACUUGUUUGUUAUUCCUGCCGAAUACAAGGAGGAUCCACACCAUUUUCCAGACUUUUGAUCAAAAGGGAGGCAAAAAUACAGAAUGCAGAAGAAAAUCCCUAGCCUCAAAGAGCUUCGCUAGCUUUGGCAUUUAUCGCCGAGUAUUGUAGUUGCACACUCGCAUGUCAUCCGCGGAAGUUGCGAAAGGGUCACUGGCACGGGAAGUGUGUGUAGCUCUGUCGUUGUGGAAACCUAUUCCAUUUUGGCAACCAAUAUAUACAAUUAUGUUACUGCAUUUUUUAAACGUGUCUUAGGUUUUGAUAGAUUUGUUACUGCUUGUUUUCGCUUUCUGAGUUUUACCUGAAACAACAAUUGUCAUAAUCCGUGAACUGUCAGUUGAAGAUUGUGUAUAUUGUAAUAAAUAAUGUCGUUCAAAACAAUGUGAUAUUUUUGCGUAAUUUUUUAGUGUAUUUUUGUUUUUAUCAAUUCCUUUUUUUCUACACUGCUUUUUCUGUAUAAGAAGACAAAGAAAAUACAGGCAACAAACAUUGAUACAUAAAAAAGACAUUUUUGCUGUCUGAUCAGCUGGUCUUGAUCGGACACAAAUUUACACGUCGUGCCCAGACUGUUGUUGGAUUUUGAUUAGUAACUAGAAUAUUAGUAAUGUUUUUUUUUUACAAAUACUAGGUUUAUUGUUUUAAUUUAUGCAACGUUGCACAAACAAAAUAUAAUGGAAAGAAAGUAUAGAGACAUUUGACUCGAAUGUCAUUUUUUAACGUAAUUUCCCAGAAUGCACUUUGUUUCAGCGUCAUAUUUGGAAAGGUCAAUUUUUGUGUUUGUUUGGUUGCAUUUUAGUGUUUUCGUCUGAAGAAAUAAAGUUAUAAAUUAUUGUUAUAUAUAAAUAUGUAUAAACUUUUAUUUUUUGUAUUUAUCACGUGGGCUAUUUUAAUGUUUGUUGGUUUCUAUUCGCUCUUCUUCGCAAUUUAUUUUCUCGCUUUUGUCUUAAUUACGUGUUCUACUAUGCACGUCCCAAUCUUUUUCGUUCGCUUUUUUCUGUACUUGCAAUAUUAUACAUUUUACGGCUAAGGACUUUAUAAAAAAGCUAGUGAAAACGAUGCAAUCUGUGACUUUUAAUAACAUUUUCUCGCCUAAAACAACAACUUCAAAGUAUAAUUGUAAGUUUUAAGUUGCACAAAUGUAGAGGUAGCACGUAUCAAUACUUAAAAAUUAAAAAAAAAAAUUAUCCCGAAACUCACUGAAAAUCGUUGACGAACAUUUUUGUCCGAGAACCUUUUGCUCCAUAUGCUUUCAGUUUGCACUUCAUUAAUUUUUUUGAGUAUCGUUGCUUGUAAAAGCUUGAUGUCAAUAUAUUUUUGAAUAUUUUUA